UUCCUACAGCGGCUGGAAUUAAUGCGCAAUACGCUACCGAGGUGUGCAAACACUGACACCAUUAAAAUGGUGCAAAAGCUUUGAAGUGUCACGCACACAUGCCUCUCAUUUCAUCUACAAACACCCCAUGACAGCUACAUUCUCCUAGAACAUGGAAAUUCUUGGCCAAUAGAGAGAAGCUUAUGACUGUGAAGGUCAGAAUAUGAACUAUCCCAGAAUGACCACAGCAAUAUUCAGAACUCCCUGCAAAACCUAUUUGUGACAUAGCUUUCCAUCAAUACAUACAGACAAACACUAAACUACUUGAGGUAUUUCUCUUUCAGCCUGGGAAGGAAAGAGAUUAUUAUGGUUGUUUCUAUUUUUACAUACUUGGGAGGCACCCAGAUGGUACAGUGAAGAGGACCAUAUAAGUACCUAACCGAAGGAGAGCAGAAAGGGUGUAUAUAGAAUUUUCUUAACACUCAGCAAGUAAAACUGCCAGUUCACCAAAGUUAGUUGUCUAUUUAUUUGCAGAUCUGGUAAAGUUUUCCUACCACACGGGUCCAGACUUCAUACUGGAAGUUCUGGCCCAAUUAACUAUAGAAAUAAUGCUCCAGCUACGAAGUUUAGGUAUCUAACUAGAGAUCCACCACCUAAAUGUGGAUAGGAAAGUGCACUAUAAUGGAACUACUAGCAAAUUUAUUAAAACUUAUUUUUAAUGUUUUCAUGUGCAACUACCAGCUGGGGCCAGGCUCCAACCAAGUCUGAAUUUGGUCCCUACAUAAUACUAAAAAAGAGUACAUACUGUACUGAUUUGCAUACUUAAUACAUUGGAGCCACAAGAUAGUAAGCGCAGAAUGAUAAUAAUGUUCAGGAAAUGCUACUGUGAAACCCAUUUCAGUUUUCACAACUCAGCCCAAUUCUGAUGGUUCUUUUGGGGCCUGUAAUGGUUGAGUUAUCUCUAACUUGCUUGCUCCUUCCAGGUCCACAGAAAGGUAUAGCAUCCCCAGGAGUCAAAUUUGAAGCAUCCCUUAGUACAACAAAUCCAAUCCCAGAUUAUUCUGAAGAAGAUUCUCUGAUCAGGUGAAUUUUAUUUUCCUGAAACUAGCAUACAACUGAAAAGAUCAAAAUGAUCCUAAAUUCCUCUGCUGAUGAGACUGUUAAAAGAAUCCACGUUGACUGUCCCGUUUCAGGAAGGCAUCCCUACAUAUAUAUUAUGGUUCCAACUGUCUACAGCAUCAUCUUUAUUGUAGGCAUAUUUGGAAACAGCUUGGUGGUCAUUGUCAUUUAUUGCUACAUGAAAUUAAAAACUGUAGCCAGCAUAUUUCUGCUGAAUUUAGCUCUGGCUGACUUGUGUUUCUUAAUGACAUUGCCACUGUGGGCAGCCAACACAGCCAUGGAAUACCACUGGCCUUUUGGCAACUGUUUAUGUAAGAUAGCAUCAGCUGCAGUAAGUUUUAACCUGUAUGCCAGUGUGUUUCUACUCACAUGUCUUAGUAUUGACCGUUACCUGGUGAUUGUACAUCCAGUGAAGUCACAUAUUCGGCGCACCAUGCUUGUUGCCAGAAUAACUUGCAUUGUCAUCUGGCUGCUCGCAGGAAUGGCCAGUUUGCCUGUCAUAAUUCAUCGUAAUAUAAUUUUUGCUGAGAACAUAAAUAUGACCAUGUGUGUUUUUCGAUAUGAGACCCAUAAUGUAACACUCCCUGUUGGCUUAGGUUUAUCCAAAAAUGUGUUGGGCUUUUUUAUUCCCUUCCUAAUCAUUUUAACAAGCUAUACCUUAAUUUGGAAGACCCUGAAGAAAGCUUACCAAAUUCAGAGAAACAAGACCAGAAACGAUGACAUUUUUAAGAUGAUUGUGGCAAUAGUAUGCUUCUUCUUCUUUUCCUGGAUUCCUCACCAAGUGUUUACCUUCCUGGAUGUGUUAAUUCAGUUGCGUGUAAUCACAGAGUGCAACAUCAUCGAUAUUGUGGAUACAGCUAUGCCUUUUACCAUCUGCAUUGCUUACUUUAACAACUGUAUGAAUCCCUUUUUUUAUGUUUUCUUUGGAAAAAAUUUUAAGAAAUACUUUCUGCAGCUACUAAAAUACAUUCCACCAAAUGUCAGAGCACAUCCAAGUCUAACAACAAAAACGAGCUCCCUCUCCUAUCAACCAUCAGAGAACAUAAGCUUAUCUGCCAAAAAGCCUGUUAUGUCCUUUAAUACUGAGUGACGCUGUUCGCAGUAGGUGUUUUUAAAACCACUUCACGUAUGAAGUUGCAAGUGACAAAAUUCACUGACAGUCCUGCCCAUCACAGCUACCUGCACAUUGUUAAAAAUUAAAUCAUCUAAUACAAAUCAUCUUAAGAAGAUAUAGCAGUGGACUUUUAUUUUAUAUUGCAGAGGACUGUUUGGGUUUUUUUUACUGAAAACAACAUAAGGGUGGAUAGACAUGUCAGAGUAUCUUUUACCAUUCUGCCUUUUUACUCAGAACUUUGAAAAAAAGUUACAUACCGCUCCUGGAAACAUCUCACAACUCAGCUGAAAGAGUGACCAUUUAUAAAUUAAAAGAAGCCUGUAGAAUUCUCUUUCUACAUACACAUGGGAUUCUAAUCUAAAUAUUUGAAAUCUUAUACAAGGAGUUAAUAGAAUUGCAUAGAAUGUUUGAGUUUUUUCACAUGAUAUUGGAUAUGUGAGGAAAAGUUAACAACAUGUAUUUUUUCCUAGUACCACAAAUAUCAUGUAUCAUUAUUAUUCAUCCAGUUAUUCAAAUACAUAUCUGCUACAGAUAUACCUGACCCAUUCCUUCUUCAUAGAUACUGAAGGACUACAGGAGCAGGCUAAGUAGUUUUUGCUAUUAUAAUUCAUUUAAAAUACGGCAAAUUUUGCUAUAAUAUAUAAAAUAUAGCUUUAUUUAUUAAAUAUAAAAUAAUGUCUAAAUCUAUAUUCCUAUUAAUUAUAUUCCAUGCAAGGAAAUGUUAGUUUGUAUACCCACACAUUUUUAUUCAGAUGGGAUACUUUUAAGGCAGUAGUCUGUAUGCAAACCAGUCUUGUUCUGACCUUACUCUAUUGCUGUUCCUUUCUGACUAAAACAGGAUUGUUAAUGGGGUAGGAUGCUACUUCAUGCAAGUAAGAGGAUCAGGAUAUGCCUGGCUGUAAUUUAUAUACAACCGGUAAUAUAAAUGUCAUCAACAAGCUUCCAGGAUCAACCAAAACUAUUUUCAGAGAACACUCAGCCAAAUGAUGAUUAAUUAAUUAUAUCUUCUUACAAAGUCUCAAAUUUCCAGGGUAUCAUAGCUCUAAUUCUGAAAAGUUUAAUAGUUUUUGCUUAUUACAUGUUUAAUAAAUCUGCUCUCAAUUGCAGCGAUAAAAAUCUAAGACGAAAUUUUAUUCCUGUCCUCUAUGAAGUUACGUUGCAUUUAUACACAAGGAAUAUUGGUGUAAGCAGAAUUUGAUCUCUAUAAAACACCCCUUGACUUCAAUGGAAUUAAUCUAAAUCAGGGACAUCAAACACACAUCCUAAAUCUUGGAUCCAGCUUGAGGCACUGUUGACUCUAGCCCUCAAUGCUUCUGGUGAGCUGAGGAAUUAAGAGGCAGGGCAAGCUGGGGGUGAGCCGAGUGCGGGGCAGAGUCUGCUACUCGGCCCUCCUGAGGAUGUCUUUCAUCAGCAGGAGAGUGAGCAACAGCUGUGCCAAUAGUGAGACACCCCCACCACCCGUGCUCACCCUGUUGUUGCUGCCACUCCUACUCAUCUCACUGCUUCUGGUCUCACCACCACCAGGUCCUGAAUUGGCCCAUGGAGUGUGGUAAAUUUGGCACCACUGACCUAGAUUUACACCAGAUUAAUGAAGAACAAAACCUACCUCAUCCAAAAGAAAAUAAUUCUAGGCAAUAAAUCUACACUAGCCUACACAUGAGAACAGUAGCAGCCAUUCAAGAAAACUUACACCAAUGUUUUUUUCCCUAUAUUGUCUUAUCACAGUUUUGAGCUCAACCCUCUAGAAAAUACUAGCCAAUUUGAACGUAGUAGCAUUUGUUCUCACAAGCAAAUAAUCUGUUUAUAAAAAAAUUUGCCAAAAGACAAAAACUUUCAAAAAAUCCCUGAUAACAUUAGAUGAAUAUUGUAAACAAAUAUAUAAUGCCAGAGAACUAUCAGAAAUGCAGCAUUUCUCCAGUUAGAGAAGAUAUGUUUAACUUGAUUCUGCUUAUUAGAGGUCAGGGAUAAUCCAACAGCUGAGCUGUUCAAUGUUGGUUCUAUGCAGAUCCAACAUACAGAAAUAUUAUUCCAGGAUUAUUUUACUCUGGAAACUACAUGGUUUUCAUAGUUGACAUAAAUGACUCUGGGGUGGAAGCAAACGUGGGGAACUUGAUCUACUUUAAUGCUAAGGAAACAGUAUAAGGGGUCAGGAGUCCUGGCUUUUAUUUUAGCCUUAUAAUUCAUUUGCAACUUGAUUUUACACACCUCUUAGAUAUGCAGUGCCUCGGUUUUCCCAGCUGUAAAAUGCCUACCUUUCUGGAUUCUCAUGAGGAUUAAUAGUAAGCAUUAUAAGAGUCUUUGAUAACAUGGACCAUUAUUUAAACAUAAUUAAAUUUAACAGUAAGAUAUACUCAGAAUUAGAAAAAUGAAUACAUGUUAAACAAAGGCAGUAAAGCAAUCAUAACUAUGCAUUUAAUGGCAGAUAUUUAGGCUAGAACUGCUCUGAAAUGCAUACAUGAAAUGUCCAAUAAAAAUCAAGGGGAAAUAUUAGGCCAUUGUAUUUUAAGCAAUAUCCAAAGUAGUUUCAUUGCGUUCACACUCAGUAAAUUAAUGCAGGAGUAUCAGAUCUUGACAUAUGUGCCACAUAGGCACGGACAUAAACCAAAAAUUAUGUCCUGUCCUAACAGAGAGUAUCCAUCACUCCCAGUAACAGGUUAGCAUGCUCUAGAUGCUUGAACCAUAAACAUGCAAUGUAAAUUCUUACAUUUAUUUAAGGUGCAAAGUUAUUUCCCUUUCUCCUUUGAAAUCUACAGCUCUCUUCCUAUAAAGCCAAUCCAUGUUUCCGAGUGGGACAUGAGUUCCAUAGAAGUAACUGCCUCACAGGCUGCAGAGUUUGGGGGUUUUUUUAAUUAACUAAGGAGUGGCUGAAGAAGAUUUUUCCUGUUCACCGUACUUGAAGAUACCUAUGAGAGGGUUUUCCCACUUGGCUGCUGCCUCCUGAUGGAAAACAAGAAACUUAACCAGUAAUAACCAGAAGGGAAAGAAUGGUGUUACAACAGAAAAAUGAUAAUACAGUUUUCUUCAGGACUGAUCCUAUACUUUUAAGAGAGUUUGUGAGUUCCUAAUAAGCAGAGGAAAAUACUGCUCAGGGUUCUAAGCCUGCCCAUCUCACAGCAUGUACACUAGGAAAGGGAAGGGUUGCACCUGGAAUGUUUUACUAAAUAACCAGAAGUGCUGGAAAAGAAAGAUCCGUCUGAACAAUGCUAGUCAGGAUCCUUAUUAGCGGAUCAGAAGAAAAAAUUGUUUUUAGCUGUUAAAUGUGAUUAGUUGUAGUCCUCCAUAUACUAACAUAUUAGCAUGUGCUGGAAAAAAAUCCACUAUGGAUGAAAUAAGAUCAAAAUCAGUCAUUUAACAAGUGUUAAGAAAGAUGCACAGCCUUCAGGGACCCUAAUUGGGAGAUGGAGGAACUAACUGUUUUAAAGCCUGGAGUCAGAGGCAGAACCAUUAUUUGCAGUUCCAGGGCUCCCUGCAACGCCAUCCAAUUGACACUAAUGGGCAAACUUUCUCCUGACUCUGGUGUUAUGAACAGCUGCAAUACACUAUUACCAGGGCAAAGACCCAUUCCUGUCUGUCAUUCACAGCUUUCAGCCCACCCUGGACUGUCCUUUGCAUUGAGGCCCUGAACUAACAGAGUCAAAGAAGGGACUCUUGCCUUUGGGGUAUUCUUUCUGGGGCCUUGUGGGUCUUUUUUCUGAGCACCACUUUGAAUUACCCUUUAGCAUCACUGCUUGCUUGGCCAACAUCUCCAUAGUCUGGAGCCACAGCAACCACCCUCCCCCCCACCCCCAUUUAUGAGCCUCUCUCUACAAGUCCAAGAGCUCUCCCCUAAUUAAUCAAAUAGGGUUAUGGACCCAUAAUUGCAGUUCCCAGAUGGAGGAGAUACCCUUGAUCUUUGCAUAUUAAAUUCACUCCUGAUGCAUUGUAUCCCCAAACUUGAAAACCCCAUAGGAAAAUAGAGAGAGACACUCCUGACUUGACGGAGGGUGAGAUCAGCAAUAACUUCAAAGACCCAAAUGAAGGAUCCCUUUUGAAUGUGCCAAACUCUAUUGCUAGCAAACAGACCACAGGAGCAAUGAUAGUAUGCACUCAGUCUAACACUGCAACCACCAGCAAGAUCCACUUAAUAGCAACUAUGAGCAAGGAAGCUGGCACAUACAGAGAAUCAAACUGUAUAUACUUGGCAGGAGCAGGUGUUUCUGGUUAAUGCUUUUUAUGAUGCUUUUGUCCUUAGGACCCUAUUUACUGUAUUCCUUCAAAUAUAAGCUUCCCUUGAAUUUAAGAUGCACCCACAUUUUCUGAUGCUGAAUGUAAUAAAAAAUAAAACAUCAGAUAAGGAAAUGUUAAUAGGGAGACAACCUCCGUGGUGCAUAGAAGAGCUUUUACUAUUUUUAGUCAAAUAUUAGACACAAACCAUUUUAGAAGAUAGUAUUUUGUUGUAAAAACUGAAUCUUGUAUUUGAAGAAAUAAAUAAAGUCAUUUGGACUGAACUGCUAUGUAGAGGGCUUACCCUGCUCUCCUCAGGCAGUUUCAGCUUCUGCACCAAUGUUGCCUUACCUGGCUGUCAGUGGGAGAUGAGGGAAAAACAAAUUUUCCAUUUUCCACCUGCCAAUUUGCAGUACAUUUGCACUCUCUGUAUCAAUACCAUGGACCACAGGCUAUAACAGCUGCUGCUCCUGUUUAACAGGGAAGGAGUAAUGGCCAGAAUAUACCCAUUAUAAAGAUCUUCUAGCUACAUAGCCAUUUUCUCCCCUCCAGUUUUUUAGAGAAAGCUGUUGCUCCACAAUCUACUGUGACAAUCCAGUUCUUUGCCUGUAGUGGGGAGGAAGGAGUAGGAUUUGGUUUCACAGACAUUUAGAAUUACUUUCCUGGAUUGCAGUGGAUCAGGCCUGUAUAAUUUACCCUCAAUAAAAACGUUAGUUAUCCUCCAUACCUAAGAUGACAAACACCUUAGAGCUUAGUAAAAAACUAUUCGUAAACAUGCCGUAUACUCUUCAUAUGCCUAUAAUUUUAAAAGAUACACAUUUAUAAAGGAUUUUUUAUCCUGAGAAUGACAAAAGCAACCCACUUUACAAACUACUAUUCUGUCUCUGUACUGUCUUUUAUUGGUGUGGGGAACCCAUGCUGAUAUUAAUGGGGUUUCUAGCUGUGAAUCAAGGACAGUUGUAGCCCUAAAUGCAGGAAUCAUUUUAUCAGCUCCUGUUAUGUCCCAAAUACAUUCUGUUACCAUGUUUAACUGAUAUUUUCUAUUUCCAUUUCCCUUCAGCUAGCAGAUUCACGUUUAAGCAAUGGAAUGCUUGAAAUUUCCAUGCAUUGUAUUUAUUUCUAUUUAUUGCGUGAUCAGACUUUAUCUGUCUCAUGUUUCAUACUGUACUUUCUCCCAGCUUGGACUUUGUAUUCUUAUGCUUCAUUGUAUUAUAAAUCUGCACUGAUUGGGCUAAAUUCCAAUUAAACUGUCCCAGAGAUGAAUUUGGCCCAUUAGCUUAUUUCCUUGUGUUUUACGGUGAUCACUUAAAUUAUUCAAAGCGAAUGUUAUGUCAAAAAGGUUUUUUGCCAUAAUUACCAGACUCCUUAUUUUGUUAAGGUUCUUUUUCAUAUACUUGAAACUACAGCAGCAGAGGCAUAUGUGAUUUCUGAGUUAGAGGGUUUUGUGUAGUUUCAGCAAUGAUUCAUCUCUCAUCUAAUGUGACCUCCUUCCCAAAUAUACUAUAUAUAAGAAUUGUAAAUAAUCCCAAAGACAACUUUGCCAUGGAAAAAGGAAGAUUUGUCAGAAACACUGAAAAAAAAGCAUAAAGUGGAAAAUUGGUUGAAAAUUUUCAGCAUUUGAGCUUCUGUUUUGUUUUUUUAACAUCAGAUAAAACAAUCUGUCCAUUUACAUUAACAAUAUCUGGAUCUAACCAUUCUUUUCUCACUGCAAGGCCAAUGUCUCCUCAACCCUGUUUCUUCAUGAUGCUGAAAGGCCUUACCAAAACCAUGUAACACUUGUUAGUGUAAGUUGAUGAGGUUGCAUUGUCAGUCACCAAGCCUGUAUCGACAGGGACCUGGCUACCAAGGCUGAGCUAACAAACUAAAAAUCUUGAUGGCAAGAGUUGCCAGACUCAUUGUCCAUACUGAUUCAGAUCAUUUGGGGGGAAUAGCAUAUGAAUAUAAAAAUAGGUAUGGAUAAUUUCAGUAGGCUAGUGUGUGCUCUAUAACUUUAAAAUGCAUAUAUGGGAAACUAAGCAUGAAGGCAAAUGUUGAAUGUUUUCUACAAUGUUUCUUGUGCCUGUAUAAUUUGUAAUGUAGUGAAUGUAAACUGUUUGCUGCUUCAUUAGAAAUAUUUUUAAAGCAAAACAUUUCUAUUAUUCUUAUUUGUACUAUUCUUAUAUAGAAAAAAAGUUUUAAUUAUCUGACUGGUUAAUAUUACUGGACAGGUCAUUACUGAAUAUAUAUUUUUUUCCAAAGAACAGCUCUCCUGUUAUGUCAACUAAUUGGAAGUAACAUUUCCAAUUUUUUUGUAAAUAGUCAAGAAUUAUUAAAACUCUAAUAAAAAGCUGGAAAAUGGAGCUUUCUUUGUCAAUAUCAGCCACACCAGAAUGCUCCUAAAUUAACACUGUGGUUCUUUAUGGCAUCAGUCUGCAUUCUUUGUGCUUCACUCUGAACCAGUUCCCAUUGAAACUGAUGCAAAUGACUUCACUGACAGUCAGAUCAGCCCCCACAAUCCAGCAACCAUUUUUUACUGAAGAAUGCAGGACUGAACCCAAAUUUAGCAGUCUGAAUAUGCUGAACUGAAAUGAAACAGCACUAACUGUUUCAGUAUAACCUACACUGAUUUGUUAAACUUCAAAAGCCUUGCAUUACUCACCUCAGACAAAGUCUUUCAGAAGCUUCCAUAGUGGCGAAAAUUGAUGAUCAUAGUAAAUGGAGACCUAAAAUUUUGUCGUACUUAAUCUCUGUGUUCUUUAUUUGAACUGUAGCAGUUCAAAUAAGGUUACAAUCAGGAUAAGGACCUGUUGUGACAAGAUUUGUAGAAACAUCCAGUAGGAAUCAUAACAAGGGGCCCAUGUAAAAGUGAAAGGAUAGUGUCAAGUCAGUUUUACAGAAUAAUUGGCGGGUGGUAAAAGGAGGUGGGAAAGGCAAUAGAAUUAAAAUAAUUAGUAGAAUUGGUUGCCAAAUAGUAGAGUAUUUAGGACAACAAUGCAAAAAAGAAUUAAAAAUAAAUUUAUUCCACAAAAGAAAGAACUAUUUUAAUUUUCAUUUUUUUUUUUUAAACAAAAAUGUUUGAAAUAGCUCCCUCAUUUCAAGCAAAAAUUUUAAAGGUUUCUUAUGGGGUUUUGUUCAGGUGAAACCCCCUCCCCCCCCAGAUUUCCAAUUUCCUCAAAAAUAUUAAAAUUUCCCUCCCAUCUUCAUGAACAUUGGGUCCUUCCUAGCAUAAAUAAAUAACUAAAUAGUAUAGACUUUACAGUAUAAAGUUUAUACAGUAUAAAGUUUACUAUAGACUAAACAGUAUAGAGUUUAACCAGAGAGUAGUAACUAGUUUGCCUUUCAUGAAAGAGUUUGCCUUAUCUUUUAGAAACUCACUUAGUCAUUCUAUAUCCAUUUAAGAAAGGAAAUAUACUCUAAGUAUCUGUGCAUUAACUUUGCAUAACUAAGCUGAGAGCAGCUAUUCCUUAGUUUACUGCGUGAUAUAUACAUAUAGAAAAUAGAAGCCAAAGCAGGAAGUAAAUGUAUGCAUUCAUGAAACAUGAAGUUAAUUCUGCUAUAACUACGUGUAUUUGAUUUUACUAAACAAUUAUGCAAGACAAAAAGAAUAAUUAAAUGAAAAUUUAAAUGUUUUAAUUUUUUUCAUUGUAAACAAUUGUAAAGUAAGCUAACCAUGUGUAAAUCCAUGCUCUCCGUGUAUAUAAUGAAUACCUUAAAUAGAAUGCAGCUUACUUAGAGUAUCCUUCAUUGUAUAAACAAAUAAUGUGUAUGAGGUAUGAAUUUCACACAAUAAAAGUUGUUUAUUUUGAA